AUGAUGAGCAACGGGCCUGCACUCGCGAUCCUCAACGGGGACAGCGGGUCCAGCAAGCCAUCGGAUAGGAGUGUUUCUCCACCAUCUACAGAUGGGCCAUCUGAGCUCUCGGCGACGCCACCGACUAGGAAUGGAAUCACGCCUUCUCCGCCGGGUGUGCAUGAGAUUGAUUUCGAGAGGGAGACGAAAGUCAAGUACCGGCGAAGCUCGAUCGUGCCGGAUUACAGACACUCGAUGUUCCCGACCGAAUCGCUACCCAACGGCAUCGGCCACGCGAACGGCAACGGCAACGGCGCAGUCACAAACGGCACCUCCACCGCCCCCUCCACUAGCAAAAACUCUCCACCCCGCAAAUCCAGCACCACCACCUACCCCAACGGCAACACCUUCGCUUCCCCGCGCCCUUCCGACCUCUCCUCCCGCCCCCGACGUUCAGUCAGCCCCGACUCCACCCGCCGCCAAACAACCAUGGGCCUCCCCGCCUCUUCCCGCCCGACAAACGGCGCCGUCAGCCCCCUCACCGUCCGCAGCGUUAGUCCAGUAGGCUGGCGCAGCGGCAACGUCUCCCCCAUCGCAGCGCGCAGCAGCUCCCCCGUACGAGCGGCCAGCCAGUACCGCGCUAGUCCGCUCUCCACCGGGAACGGCAAUGGAAACUCCAGCACCUCGACCCCAGGAAUACAAACUCCAGCGCAAGCGCAAGCAUUAGCAGCGCACAAACUCGCCGCUCGCCACACCAUGGUCGGCCUAACACUAAACACCCAAAUGACCGUCCCCGCCGCCCGACCCCGACCCCAGAGCACCACACAACAACAACCACCAGACGACCCCUCCGCCGCAGCCGCAGGCGCAGCAGGAGGAGGGCCAGCGAACGAAGACGAAAUGGACGAAGUCAUCUCGCUCUCCCCCGCCGUCCGAAUGCCGGUGAUGCGAUUUAAGCGGCAGAGUACGUUGGGUAGCGCGAUUGGGUCGCCGGGGCCGGAGGGGUCGAGUAUGACGUUGGAUACUGUGCUCGAGAAUGGGGAGAGUGGGGGUGGGGAUGUCAAGAGGUAUUUCGGGCAGGAUGUGAACGCGGAGGAUUUGGUGGCGGUGAACUUGGAGAAUGCUUUUGAUCAGUUGUGA